AGCUAGGGAACGGGUUGUUUUAGGAAACGGGUUUUGUUGAUGAACCACUUGUCACAGCGCCAUAGACUCACAUAGUCACAGUCUGGAACAUGAUGACUCCUCUACUCUUCUUCGCCUUCCUCCUCCUCUCUUGUCUGCCAGGCUCUCUCUGUAGGGUGACCACCGUGGGUGAUCUAAGGGUUCUGGAAGGUCGAUCGGUGAUGAUCCCAUGCCAUUACGGGCCGCAAUACGCCAGUUAUGUGAAGUACUGGUGCCAUGGCAGUGUAAAGGACCUCUGUACCAGUCUGGUUCGCAGCGAUGCCCCACGGGGACCAGCUGCAGCUGGAGAAGACAAGGUGGCCAUGUUUGAUGACCCGGUACAGCAGGUGUUCACAGUAACAAUGACAGAGCUGCAGAAGGAGGACUCUGGAUGGUACUGGUGUGGUGUGGAGGUGGGAGGAGUCUGGAGUGCUGAUGUCACAGCCUCCCUUUACAUCAAUGUUAUCCAAGGUAUGUCUGUGGUGAACAGCAUGGUGAGUGGAGAGGAAGGGACCAGCGUCACUGUCCAGUGUCUCUACAGCCAGGGAUACAGGCAGCAUGAGAAGCGUUGGUGUCGUAGUGGUGACUGGAGCUCCUGUCUGGUGACAGAUGGUGAAGGGCGGUAUGAAGACCAGGCAGUAGAGAUCAGAGAUGACCUGACCAAGGCUUUCACUGUCACCCUGAAGGGACUGGCCCGGAGAGAUACAGGCUGGUACUGGUGUGCUGCAGGACAGCAACAGGUGGCUGUCUACAUCCUGGUCACUCCUCCAUCCACAACAGCGCCUGCUCCUACAGUUACAUCCCCACCAGAAGAAAGCCCUCAGUCUGUUCCUGUGUCUCCGUCUGUGUCUCCUCUUCCCAGACACAUAGCUAAAGGAGCAGACCACCACAGGCCACUAUGGGAGUUUCCUCUGAUGGUGUGUGGAGUUUUGUUCAUCUUGAUGGUUCUGGUGCUGCUGCCAUGGAAGAUACUGGACCAAUACAACAAAACCCACAGGACAAGACAGGCAGAGCUGGAAGCCAGACUCAGUGUAAGUCCACGACAACUAUCAGCUGAUCCAGAGUCAGUGACCCCCCAGGUGACGACUGGCAGAACACCUCUGUCGUCUUCCUCAACUCCGCCUCACAGAAGGUGUACGGUUUCUGACCCCGCCCACCCUCCAGUCACCUCUGACCUCUAACUUCUACCUUCAAUCUCUGGGCACCUUUCUUCAGAGCUGGACGCCAUGUUUCUGCCUCUAAAUAUUCCAUCCAUCCAACAAUAUGUUCAGUACCAUGCUGUACGAUCCUGCCCUUUGGUACAGACCUGCUAAGUACCACAAAUGGUAAUAAUGUUAGUUAUUGUGAUCAUUACCUGACAUGUUAAAUAAUGUUACGAUGUUUACUGAAAUCAGUAUGUAUAUAAUCUACUGCAACUAUUUGUUUUGUAUUACAUAUUUACAUUUUCUAUAAAAACAUUUUAAGAAAGAA